AAUCACUCAUACAUGCCUGCUGAUAGCCCCCCUCCCACACGCAGCGCCUCCUGGGCAGUGCCUGCCCUCACCUGGUCAGAUAGAUCAAGUUCAAGGCCAAACUGUAAACAAUGGCGGAAAAGCAACAGAGCUGAAAAAGGCCCCACCAUUGCCCAGAGGAAAUAAGAAGACUGACGAAGAAAAGCAGUGUUAAAAAAAAGAACUAGACCCACCAGAGUGAUGAAUAGGAUAAAUGUUGGAGCAUCGUAUCAGAGGUGGAGGAGCUGCGGGAUCUGUAAGGCCUUUUCUGCUGGACAGAUGCCACCCAAUUUCUCUGGAAGAAUUCGGCUGACCAAUUUUUAGGCACGACCCCAGAAGUACCUGCUUUGACACACCACAGAAAGCGAAAAGGAAGAAAAUGCUGAGACACAGGAAGAACAAACGCAGAGGAACCCUGGACAGAGGCAGAGGAAAACAGAGAGAAAACAGUGAGAGGAUAGCCCAAAAAGAGAGCAGAGCCGGUUCCUCCACGAUGUGGUGGCUGUGCAUUGCAGUCUUCCUGCUGUGGAUGAGGUCAGGAGGAUGCACAGAAAAAGCCAACACGUCAGACCUGAUUGAAUACACAGCUGCAGACUUCUAUGAGAAACUGCAUUCUGGGAAGAUGAUGUUCAUCUAUUUCGAGCAUCAAGUUUCUCCAACCAUCUCUCUCUUCUUGGUGGAGUUGGAAAAGUCUGCUGACGCUCUGCAGGAUUAUGGGGUGCUGGUUGGCAAGGUCAACUGUAACAAGGAGCUGGUUCACACAUACUGCACAGAGGAGAGGGUGCCGCACACAGCUUUUCUGUUCAGGGGUGGUAAAGAGUUCUUGGGAUUUGAUCUGGACACCGUGUUUGACGUCAACUCCAUAGUCUCUGAAGUGUUGUUUGCCAUUCUGCGUGAAGAGGUCAAGUACGUCCACACAGACUCCGACCUCCUAGCCAUGGAGAAGGCAGCCAGAGGGAAGAAGGAUAUUGUGCUGGGUUACGUCAGCAGUCUGGGAACACAAGAGCACAGAUCGAUAAUGGAGACAGCGUAUGUGUACGGAACCAAAUACCAGUUCAUCCUCAUAACUGGAGGCCCAGUCUUGAAGCACUUAGGUGUGAAUGAGUUUACUCACUCGUCUCGAGUGUGGUUCCUCCACUGUCGAGAUCGUAGCGGGUUCACGACCCCCAUGACCUCUGAGCGCUGCCCUCUGACACUCAUGAGGAAACCCCUGUCCACCCUCAGCCUCCACUCCUUCCUGCAGCUCAUGGAGGCUCCACUAGUGUCUGAAGUUUAUGAUGACCCCUCCUCGGUCCAGCCCCCCCAGUUCCCUUACCAGCAGACCCCACAGGUCUUCCUGUUCUCUCGUCCGGCAACCGAGCACCUGGAUCGGGACACAGCCACCACUCUGGCCUGGAGGCUCCGUGGCCUCGCCCUGCUGGUGCUCGUACACAGGCAGAGUCCUGCAGUGAAAACCCCAGAAGAAUAUAAUGCUGCUUACAGGCUAAAUGAAAAGAGUUCAGAGGUGGAGUAUUUGACCUUACACGACCUCGAUGAGGUGAUGGACCUCGUCGCAAACCAGGAGAAAGAGGAGGAGGAUGAUGAAGAGGAAGAGGAGGACAAGGGCGUGGUGGAUGACGAGGAGGACGAGGAGGAGGAUUCACGUUUUGGCAAGCUGGACGAUGAAGUUGCAGCAUCUGUCUACGAAAUUAGAGGCGACAUGACAGACAUGGACUCAAUUACCCAACUAACCUCUGACAACUUCCACACUGCAGUAGCUCAAAGCAGCCUGACAGUGACGCUCUUCUACCUCAGAUGGGAUGCUGUUUCCAUGGCGUUCCUCAGCUCUUUCAUUGAAGUUGCAGAGAGACUUGCAGGUUUUCAUCAACAGGGUUCCUCGGUCCAGAUGAGUGCGGUUGACUGUGGAGAGUGGACCGACCUCUGUGCAGCACAGCCCAGCAGCUCCCUCCCGAUGCCCUUCCAGCCGAUCACUUCCUUCCCCAGCGUCUUGCUGCUCCGCCCCAAGGAGACGGCCCAGCACUACAGAGGCAUGCUGGGUAUUGAGGCGCUACAUCGCUUCAUCAUGAUGAGCCACCAAGCUGCUCCUGUGCUACUGUCCACCCAAGAGGAAGUGACAUCAUUCCUUCAGGACGUGGCCCACACUGAGCUAGCAGGCUACAAGCCUGACAGAGUACUGGGGCUGUUCAAAACACAAGCACACACAGGCGUAUCACUGUUUACCGAGGCAGCAAAGUCAUUGAGAGGAGAGGUGUUGACUGGUCUGCUGACAGAUGGGCUGGCAGAGAAAUGGGCGGCAGAGCACACAGCAGAUCUCCCUGCCGUGUUUGUGUUUCCAUCUUGGAGGACACACACUCAUCCCUCCUGUCUGCCGGUGUCCACUUCUGCUGACGAGCUGCUCUCGCACAUUAACACUGCACUGCUGCAUCCACUGCCAGAGCUGACAGUGGAAAACCUGCCGUCCUUCCUCUCCCUGGGUAAAGCCCUCCUGCUCCUCUUUGUGGGAGAGGAGGAGGACGAGAUUGGGAGGAGGCAGAACCAGGCGCUGGUGGAGGAGAUGAGAGGAGUGGUGGAGUCGGGACGAGGGAGGAUGGAGCGAUACCUGGCCUGCUGGAUCCACCUUGGCCGUACUCCAGCUGGUAUGUCCGUCCUGGGGUCGUACCUCGGCUCUAUGCCCCCCCUCCCGGCUCUGGUCCUCACCCAUCUACCCUCUGGAGAUGAAAUCUAUCAGUACUCCGCCAACACCCCCAUAACAGCCCCCUCUGUCCUACAGUGGCUGCAGAGGGUCGAGGAAGGCACUGAGUCACCUGCAGGGAUGUUGGGUGAUGAUAACUGGCCUCCAGCUGUCGAUUUCUAUGACUUCCUGAAAAUCAUGGACGAGCAGGAGCCCGAUUCUGCCCAGCAACAAACUCCUGACGAUGAGGAGGACGUUGAAGAUGUGAAUGUGGAAGAACACGUGGGGGUGAAAGAGACGACAAACUCCUUCUCCACCUCUCCCACACCCAACAAUAACCCAAAGACUCACACUGAGCUGUAACGGACUGGAGGGGAGAGAUAUGACACUAGCUUUUUAUUAAACAUGAUUGUAUUUUGA